AGCGAGUAGGCAUUCGCCACUAGGCCAUCGAGCCAGCCAACCAAACAAAAACCAAACAGGAAACCUUUGUUUAAUAUAUUUGGCGAAAUUAUAGAAAAAUGAAAAAGAAAUCAUCCAAUCAGCGUUUGAAGUUUGAACCAGAAAUCCGAUUUUUCCCGGAAAAGCAAAGCAAAAGGAAACGAGGAGAAUAUUACGAUUAGGCCACCAAAAAAAACUGGGAAUCUGGGAUCGCUUUUUUUCUUUGGUUUCUCUCCCACAAUCGGAUUCUGGAAAGAGAAGAAAAGGAGGAAAAAGAAGUUUAUGAAAAGGAAAACAAAUUAUAGAGGGAGAGAGAAAAAAAGAGGUUAAAAAGCUUGAUAUCUUCAGCAAUGGCGGUUCUUAGAGUUCAAAAGGUUUUGUGAUCAGCGAUUUUCUUUAGAGGUUAUCAAUGGAAAUGCCCAGUCGAAGAUCCAACUAUUCUCUACUUAGUCAGUAUCCUGACGACCAGUACUCCGUGUAUUCGCUUUCGAGCGAAGCUACGAGUAAUAAAAUCAGUAAAGUGAAAUCAGAGAGAGGUUUAUUCGAUUGGGAUCAGAAUCAGAGUCAGAACCAGCAGCAAGCGAGUCGUAUCGGCGGCGUAGGAGGAACGAAUACUUAUGCUUCAUCAGUCGGUCAUCAACGGCAAUCGAGCGGGAGUAGCUUCGGUGAGAGCUCGUUAUCGGGAGAUUAUUAUGUGCCGAACCUUUCUACGACGGCGGCGAACGAGAUUGAUUCAUUCGUGUACGGUCACGAUGGGAGCUUUAGGCAUGGGGAUUUGAGAACGAAAAUUGGCGGUUCCUCGUCGGGGAAAAGCUGGGCGCAGCAAACGGAGGAGAGUUAUCAGUUGCAGUUGGCGUUGGCUUUGAGGCUUUCGUCGGAAGCUACCUGUGCUGAUGAUCCGAACUUUUUGGAUCCGGUUCCGGAUGAUUCCGCAAUCCGGUCGGCUAGUUCUAGCUCUGCGGAGACAGUUUCCCAUCGGUUCUGGGUUAAUGGCUGCUUAUCAUACUUUGACAAAGUUCCUGAUGGUUUCUAUUUAAUUCAUGGAGUGAAUUCAUAUGCCUGGACUGUGUGCACUGAUCUGCAUGAACAUGGUCGAAUUCCUUCGAUUGAAUCUCUAAGAUCUGUUGAUCCUAAUGUUGAUUCGCCACUAGAAGUGAUAUUAGUUGACCGAAGAAGUGAUCCCAGCUUAAAGGAACUCCAAAAUAGAGUCCACAAUAUUUCUUGUAGCUGCAUAACCACAAAAGAAGUUGUCGAUCAGUUAGCUGAGCUUGUCUGCUCUCGCAUGGGGGGUUCAUUCACUACCGGAGAGGAUGAUUUAGUUUCCUUUUGGAGGCAGUGCAGUGACGAUUUAAAAGAUUGCUUAGGUUCAGUUGUGGUUCCUAUAGGAAGCCUAUCUGUUGGCCUUUGCAGACAUCGAGCUCUACUGUUCAAAGUACUAGCUGACACUAUUGAUCUACCAUGUCGAAUUGCGAAGGGCUGCAAAUAUUGUAAAAGAGAUGAUGCUUCCUCCUGCCUUGUCCGUUUUGGACUUGACAGGGAGUAUCUUGUUGAUUUAAUUGGGAACCCAGGUUACUUAUGUGAGCCUGAUUCCUUGCUCAAUGGUCCAUCUUCCAUCUCAAUUUCUUCCCCAUUGCAUUUUCCACGUCUCAAACCAGCUGUAGCUGCCACUGAUUUCAGGUCAUUGGCCAAACAGUACUUUUCAGACCAUGAAUCGCUUAAUCUUGUAUUUGAUGUUGCUCCAGCAGGUACUACAACAGACGAGGAAAAUUUUGGAUUUUCUCUUUAUCCCAAGAAACUUGAUAAGAUUGGCACAGAGAGAAAUAAGCUUGGGCAGAUCUCAAGUAACAUGGAUGGCAUCUCACAGUUGCCCAUACCUCCUAACAUUGCUCGACCAGCUUCUCAUGAUAGAGAUUCCCAGUAUUCUCAGCCUAUAGUACACUCAAAGAACAUUAUUAAAGAUUCUUUAAAACGCAUCUCUCCGAUAGGACAUAGGGAUGUCCCAGUAGUAGUCUUGUCAGAACCAAUGGGGGAUGCGACUAAGGAUUCAAGGUUUACUGAGGGCAGUCAGCUUCUACCCAGCAAACCAAGUAGGGAACUUGCCCUUGAAGUUGAUGAUUUGGAUAUUCCAUGGAGUGAUCUUGUUUUAAGAGAGAGAAUUGGUGCAGGUUCUUUUGGAACUGUCCAUCGUGCUGAGUGGAAUGGCUCAGAUGUUGCUGUAAAAAUUCUCAUGGAACAAGACUUGUAUGCUGAACGCUUCAAAGAAUUUUUGAGGGAGGUUGCAAUAAUGAAACGUCUACGUCAUCCAAACAUUGUUCUUUUUAUGGGAGCGGUCACACAGCCCCCAAACUUGUCUAUAGUGACAGAAUACUUAUCAAGAGGUAGCUUGUUUAGGCUUUUGCAUAAGCCUGGUGUGAGGGAGGUGUUGGAUGAGAGGCGGCGGUUAAGUAUGGCUUAUGAUGUGGCAAAGGGAAUGAAUUAUCUUCAUAGACACAAUCCCCCUAUUGUUCAUAGAGAUUUGAAGUCUCCCAAUCUGUUAGUUGAUAAAAAAUAUACAGUCAAGGUUUGUGAUUUUGGGCUUUCUCGGUUGAAGGCAAACACAUUUCUUUCAUCCAAGUCAGCAGCUGGAACUCCUGAGUGGAUGGCUCCAGAAGUUCUUCGCGAUGAGCCAUCAAAUGAGAAGUCUGAUGUAUACAGUUUUGGUGUAAUUUUGUGGGAGCUUGCAACAUUGCAACAACCAUGGGGCAACUUAAAUCCAGCACAGGUUGUAGCAGCUGUUGGUUUCAGGGGAAAAAGGCUUGAUAUUCCACGUGAUUUGAAUCCUCAAGUGGCUGCCAUAAUUGAGGAUUGCUGGGCCAAUGAGCCUUGGAAGCGUCCUUCAUUUUCAAAUAUCAUGGAACGGUUGAAAUCACUGAUUAAACCUUCCACCCCUCAACAGGGGCAUCCUGACAUGCCACUGCUUGCCUGAAUGGUUGGAACUCCCGCAAAGCCUCCAUGCACAUACUACAUUAUUCUUUGUAACAUUAUAUGCUUCACAAGGGUACAUGCUGAUAAAUAAUUUAAGAACAGUGUUGUAAAUGUCUUUUUCUUUUUCCUCAUAUAGCCAAUUGGGACCUCUGAUUUUUAACAUGGACUUAAAGUCGAAAGGGUUGUUGUCAAUUCUGUAUUUGGCAAAAGAUGAUUCAAUUUUCAGGUGCAAUUACGGGAAAAAGUUGUAUUAUAUCGUCUUGUCUCGUAAUUUUGUAAGUAAAGAUUGUAACUGAAAUUAGUUGAAUGAGAAGCAGCGUAACUGAGAACUUGAGGCUUGACAAAGGGGGAGUUUAUGGGGUAGCAUAUGCCCACUUUUUGAGAGAAUUAUGUAACUACCAUAACUGUUUGAUUUUUUUU